AUGGAAAACAAAACAUUUGAAUGGACGCGCACGGUCGACUCGACUACGUACCUCAUAUCCUCCGAUCGAUCGCUCCUUCCGCACCUUUUCGUCCAGGAAGCUUUCGCUACAGACGCAAUGUUCUGGGCAAAACCGCUCCCUUUCACAGCGCUGUCAACGAUGCUUGAUAACAGUCUCACCCUCGGUCUCUACACCGUCUCGAACGAUAUCAAAACGCCGAUUGGGAUGGGGCGCAUGGUUACCGACUACACGACGCUUGCUUACCUCACCGACGUCUACAUCUUGCCCCAACAUCAAGGCCAUGGAAUCGGCAAAUGGCUGAUUGCAUGUUGUCGCGAGAUCUGCGUCGGCAUGGAAAAUCUCCGAUGGAUGGUGCUCUUGACCGGCAGUGAGCAAGCGCAAGCGCUGUACAGGAGGGAGUUGGGCAUGACAAAGCUCGACGGGGUGGAGGAGGGGUUGGUUUGUAUGGGGUCACGCAGGGCAAAACUCACCGAGGCCGCUCCAGGCUCAGCAUAA